AUGUCAAUUGUUGAAAUUUAUGCAGGAUUUGGGUUGAGUGGAUUUAAUGGUGAUGGUUAUUCAAAUUUAAAAACUCUAUUUAAUACACCAACUUCAAUUUCUCAAAAUCCAUUAAAUGGUGACUUGUAUAUUGCAGAUACUUUAAAUGACAAGAUUCGAAUGGUUUCGAAUUCAACUAAAUUAGUUUCUUCUCUUCAAUAUUCAUUCAACAAACCACAAGGAGUGUUUGUAACAAAGAACGGAAAUAUUUACAUUGCAGAUACUGGAAAUAAUCUCAUUAAAAAGUAUGAAAUUUCCACACAGAAACUUUCAAUCAUUGCAGGUGGUGGAUAUUUGAGUGGAAUUCAACAGGAAAUUGACGGAGCGGACGGAACUUCAUUGAUUUUGAAUUCACCAAAGAGUUUAUACGUUGUUUCGAAUGGAAAGAAUGAAAUUGUUUAUUUUACUGAUGCUGAUAGAGUGAGAUCAGUUGAUGAAAAUGGAAAGUUUAGAAUAGUUGAUCAAAAUUCACCUCAAUCUAAUUUAUUUGGAAUAUUUGUUACAGAACAAGGAGAAAUUUACACCUCCUCACAAACUAACAACUUUCUACAAAUGAAAUUAUCAAAAUCAAGUGAAACUAAGCUCUUUAUUGGAAGUUCUUCAUUCAGCAGUGGAUAUUCAGGUGAUUUGGAAGAAUAUUCUUCAUUGAAUAUUAAAUUUUAUGAACCAUCUUCAUUAUUACUGUAUCAGAAUUCAAUUAUUAUUGCUGACAAGUCGAAUAAUUGUCUUAGAAUGAUUAAUUUACAAAAUAGAAUGGUUUCAACUCUAUCUGGUGGAAUAGUUAAUCAUCCGUAUGGUGAAAAUAUUUCACCUUUGAAAAUGUAUGAAACUGGCAAUGUUAAUUAUCCUUUUAUGUACAAGAAUGAAUUUUAUUUUGUUGAAAAAUUAAAUAUUAUUAGAAAAGUUUCCAAUGGAAAAAUGACUACUGUAUUUGGAAGUGACAGACUUUUAACUUAUUCAAAUAUUCCUCAAAGAAUUUAUUUACAACAAAUAAGGGAACUACAUUGUCUUGAGAGCGGUGAAUUAUUGAUUUUAUCACAACUUAGUCCAAAUUUAGGCCUGUACUAUUUAAAUAUGGAAAAUGGAAAUUUUUCACAAUUAUCAGAUUAUGGAGAAGCCAUUUCUGUAAUUGGAAAUUCUCUUGCUAAUUCAUCAAUUUAUAUAUUAGAUGUUAAUGGUUAUUUUCAUUAUUACAAAAACAUGAUUUAUCAACAAACGAUUAUACCUUUUAAAUCAUAUUUUUCAAGUUAUGGAUUUUGUGUUAUUCCCAAUUAUAGAUAUCCAAACAGUACUUCUAUCUUUGGAUACUACGGUCAAAUAACAUUUUAUGAAAUUAUUCAUUAUAGUAAUCAAUCUUUUCAAUUGUACAGUCGAGAUUUACCUGGUUAUACUUUUUUUUCUUGUUAUGAAGGUAAAUUCUAUAUUGGAAUGACAUCAAAAUUAUUCGAAUUGAAUAUUGAGAAUUUUUCAUUGAAUAGAAUUGCAGGUUUGGAUAGCAUUAAUAUUUCCAAUGCGUCAUUCGAAGUUGUUGGUUAUAGUGGAGAAGAUAUUCCAGUAAUGGAGUCGGCAUUACAAAUUCAGAGAGUCGAUUGUUAUGAACCAACCAAAAUAUUGCUCACAGGUACAAAUUACAUUUCACAAGUUUCCAAUGGUAAUAUUUCAACUAUUGCUGGAUUAAAUCCAAGUGUUGGAAUUCAAAUAGCUUCAUCAUUUGCAAGAGAUCCGCUAAAUAAGGUAAUUUACUUUAUAGAUACGAAAUCAUUGAAGAAAUAUGAUGAAAAAACAGGUAUUACUACCCCAUUGAGCCCAAGUACUAUAAUGGUACCUUAUACGUAUAUUUAUGAACCUAAUUUCCUCUCUUUAGGUUACGUUGCUUCUUCUAUGAUAUUUUCAAAUUUUGAUAGGAAAAUCUAUGUUAAGGAGGCGUGUAGAGUAUUAAGGAUAGAUCCAGAGACAAUGAAAUUCGAAAGAAUUAUUGGAAAAGGAUGUGGUACUCUCACUUUUAAUGUUAAGGGACUUGAUACAACUCUCCCAUUAAGUAAUACCUAUCUAGCUGUCAAUGAAACAAAUGGUGAUUUAUUUAUAGCAACUCUCUUUAUCAUUGCGAAGUAUGAAAUAUCAACUCAAAUGAUUACAAGAGUUGCCCAAUUCACAUUCGGAAAUGAUUCACCUGAUGGACCUAUUACUAAUCAAACAAAACCUGGUACAAUAACCAAUAUUAUAAUUCAAGGAAGUUCUAUCUAUUUCUCUACUGCGACUAGUGUUAAAAAAAUUGAGAUAAUGUCUGAAAAUGAAUUGUAUUUGCGAACAAUUGCAGGAACUUCAGAUAGUGGAUAUUCAGGUAAUAAUCUGCCUGCUGGUAUCUCUUUGCUUGAAAAAAUUUAUGCUAUGAAACAAAAAAGAAAUGGUGAUAUCAUUAUUUUGGACAGUACUCUUGUUAGAAUGUAUGAGAAAGAAACAGGUUUACUUGUGGAUAUUGCUGGUGUUAGACUUGAAAAUCCAAAAUUCAAUGGAGAUGGUAAAGGAACGUAUACUUCAUUCGUUUCCUUCUUAACAAGUGUUGAAUAUGAGGAAAGUGAUGGUUCAAUUUUCUUGUUUGACAACAGAAAACUUAUUCGAAAAAUUUAUCCAGUUUGUGGUGAGAAUUCAGCAUUUAAUUCAUGGAAUAAUACCUGUGUAUGUUUGGAAGGGUUUUAUGGAAGUAAUUGUCAACCUAUACAAUGUAAUGGAACUCUCUCUUCAAAUUCAAAUGUUUGUAAUGGAAAUGGACAAUGUGUCCAAACCAAUACUUGUAAAUGUAAUGAGGGUUUUGAAGGAGAAUUUUGUCAAAUUAAGAAGGCGUCAUCGGUUGACACAUCCACUGUUCUCAUUAUUUCUAUUGUAGUACCAAUUGUUGUCAUGUUAUCGUUAAAGAGAAAGAAGAAUAAGAAUGUUGAAAUUGCAAAAAUAGAUACUGAAAUUAUUGAAUUAUCAGAUUUCCCAACAGAAUCAUCAAGAAUUAUUUCAUCAUCGAUGGGUUCAGUUACUUCUGAUACCGAAGAUACGUUUUCCAGAUAUAGUAAUAUAACAAGAAUUGGUCAAGGAGCAUUUGGAAGUGUAUUCAAAGCCAACGAUUCCAAGAAAGGAAAUCAAAUCAAAGCUGUUAAAAUUGUUAAAUUUGAAUCAUUCACAGAUUUAAAUAGUAUUAUGAAAGAAGCAUCUCAAUUGAGUAAUAUCAAUCAUCCAAAUAUUAUCAAAGUGAAUGAUUACUUUAUUACUAGUGAUAAUUUACUUUGUAUUGAUAUGGAUUAUUAUGAAUGUGGUGAUUUGACAAGAUUUUUGAAAGAGAAUUGUAGUGAAAUAAUUGUGAAACAAAUUUUGAAACAAUCUUUGAGUGCUCUGAAAUAUGUUCAUGAUGUUUUAUCUAUUAUUCAUAGAGAUAUUAAGCCAACCAAUAUAUUUAUUAAGAAAUUAUCAAAAGAAAAAAUUGAAAUUGUAAUUGCAGAUUUUGGAUUGGCAAAAAAGUUUCAAGAAAUGAAAGGUCAAUCCUAUGUUGGAACUCCACUGUGUAAGUUUUUACAUAAUUGGUCUAUUUAA